AUUAUUUAACUGCGUCGCGCACUGGUGAAACUCCACUCACGCUCAUACCCGAUAAGCGCUACUCCGCUGACGCCUAUUUUUCGCGCCCACAAAAGGCUCCACGACAACACAACGGAAGUGGUCGCUUAUUAAGUGCGGCGUAACUAAAGAAACAGUAACAGAAAUUUGUGUUAUUUGCAUAAAACUAAGCGACUUUAUUCAUACGCCUGUGUUCGCGCACUACUUAAUAGAAGCCGAAAAAGAGCACAAACAUUCUUUACAUUGAACUAACUACCGAUUUUUAGUUGAAGUUUGAAUUUUAAUAAAAAAAAAAACAAAAACUAUCCGAAAUGCAGCCUCUAAAACGGUUCACACAAUGUGGCAGUCUAACCAUGCUCUUUGGCGUCUUCAUUAUACUCUUCGGUGUCAGUUCGACUGCUUUGACAACUUUUGGCAAGACGAAUAAUGAAAAGCCAACGCCAACACCAAUAAUUAAGGGCAAGGAAUGUAACAACCAUGAUGACUGCAUAACGAUAGAUAAAACCAGCUGCGUUAAGGAUCCCAACGAUUACAAGCAUCGUUGCCUGUGUGGUGAUGAUUCGGCGCCGGUUAAUGGACAUUGCCAGGAUGUGCUAAAAGGUCUACGUCACAAAUGCACCAGCAGCCAUGAAUGUGAAGAUGGUUUGGUUUGUCAAUUCGAGAGUCUCAAUCGUACAAUUGGUGUAUCGAAAUUCAUUUCCAAAACUAAAUUAUGCCUCUGCGACAAUGAGAGUGGAUUCUUCGAAGAUGUUUUGCGUGACAUUUGCAGCGGCGCUUCGCUACAAACAAUCGCAAAUAUUUUGUGCUCGCUGCUCUCCACAGUGGCGCCGUUCAUUGGCUACGCACGCAUGAAGCCGCAUUUCUAAACGGUCGACCAACAGCAAAUGAGCUAAAUAAGUUUUAUCACCGUUUUUUCUAACUUUAAUUUCUCUACCAAUUGUGAUGUUAAAUAUUUUGAAUAUUUAGUUGAAGCACACUGACACACUAGAAACUACAGUAUAUGGUCAAUUAGCUUAAUCAAAUAUAGUAAGUGUGAUUGUUUACAUAAAUAUAUGGCGGCACUGCACACCGAAGUGAAUUAUAUACAAACAUGUAUAGUUUGUGAGCGUUACCAGAUUUUUUGAUUACUACUUUUUUUAAUUGUUAUAGCAAAAUAUAUGAAACAACUUAUUCAACUUAAAGAAAAAAACCUCAACUCGAACCAACUGGCAUAUAUAAAUAUUUGUAUGUAAUUAUAAGUAUCACUGGUUUUAUAUAAAUAUCGAUUUUACUGUGUGUCACCAACUAUCGUGCCUCUUACAUGAAAUGUAGUUUAAGUUUAUUUACCUGUAUACACCUAAAUGCUCUACUAUAUACAUACAUACCUAACUACAGUUUUAGUAUAUAAGUGUAAUAAAUAACGAAAUAUUGUAAAAUAUACUCGUAUAUUUCUA